ACUUCUGACUCUCCCACACAUACACACACAAUAUUCAUGUCUCUUUCCUUGUUCUUACCGGCCCUUUUCUAUCAUGUUACGUUUAUUUAAACGAGUUUUAUUAGUUAUUCACAUAUACAAACCGUAGGCGAUGCGAAUUUCAUUUUUUUAAAAUCAAAAAGCAACAAUAGCAACUAUAUCAACAUAAAAAAAAAAUCGGACAUCUCUUUCUAUUAAUCGUUUAUGUCUGUCAUAACAUUGAUGUUUAAUAGAAGAAACUAGUGCAAGAUAAUGGUGUUGCGCGAGGAAAGAAGGAACAGCCCUGAAUGAGGCGCGCCCACAUACAACUUCAUCCGACGUGAGGGAACGAGCGACAACCACUGUCGCUUGAUGCUAACGAAAACUGAUACAGCCUCUUCUUGGUUGGAGCAAAACCAGAACAAUUGUUGGUUUUCUUAUUUCUAUCGCUCUGCAUAGUUUUGCUCGACUGGAUAGAUGUGAAGUCGCCAUGAGUGACAAUGCUGGCUCCACAACCAUUUAAAUGGUCAAUGUCAGUCAUAUCACCGGCUCAUUUCCCCCAUCAGCUUUCGCCUCUUAUCUCAUUUCAUGUUACUGACCCCGGUUCCACUUCAUUCUUUUCAUCUUGGAUAGAAGCUGUGUAUUAAUGAUGAUUGCUGAAAUUGUUUCUUAAAUUUGUAGAAGAUGCGAUUAAGAGGAAUGUAGUUAAUACAUAAAUCCCUUUUACAAGUGAUGUGGUUUUCUAAUGAGGAAGAAAGUGAAUCUAAACAGAACUGUGACCAAGUUAUAUUUAUAUCCUCUUUAUUAAACUCUACUGCUCUCUUCGCCGUAUAAUUUCACUUUUAUGGCAAACUGUGCAGAUAUAAGUUAACUUUACUGGACCUGCGUAUUCCUGAUAUUUACCCCUUUUAAAAUUUAAAUGCCGAUAGCCUUAACUUAGUUUCAGGGUUCUCCAUUGCUAUGACUGGUUGCCGUACCUUCGACUUCCUACGCAAAGUUGAUAUUUUAACUCUCCUAGUGGAUCCGUUGCGACAUUUUACUCCAAACGUUUAUCACUCUUCCCCGUCAUCAUUUUCCAUUCACUCUCCUAGGAACCUUUAUGAUUUUUACUCUACGAUUUAGUACCUUACUCAACCACACUGACCGCACACUUUAUUCGACUUUUCUUUUAAACCUGUAUGAAAUGUUGAUUGAAGGUAAAGAUAGCGAAAUGGAAAGUGAGGACAUUGAUUUCUCUGCCCUUCCUCCACAUAUGGUGCCCGGUGUACAGAUAUUGUCAUUGGCAGAACUUAUACGCUGUGUCAGCAAUGGUACAGAAGAACUCCGUUAUUAUCUCCUCAAGGAAUCAAACACUAUCAUUGAAUGUAAAGUCUGCUUUAAUCUCUUCCGCAAUGUUGGUUAUUUCAUUGCGCACAAACGUUUCUACUGCCUUGCCUGCAAUCGAGACAAACCAACCAAUUCUAGUGCAACCCCACCAACAUAUGAUGAGCAGUCAGUUACAGUUGCACCAGAACUUCCAACAGAUGCCACAGAUUUCAAAAAGCAAUCUGUAGAACUUGUCAGAAACAACCUUCUUAAAAAACCUUCAACUUUGUUGCACUGUUACGGGUCCAAAAGAGAAUCUUUCUGGCAGAUUUAUAACAAGACCAACAAACAGAAUGAAUCAAAUAAAGAAAUUUCUAGCUCUUCUUCCAUCAGUUUUGAGCCAAUUGAUAACACCAAAGUUGCUAUGAAAGUUGUGUCUUCAGAUGCUACUGAAGAAAAUGAUAUCAAUUCUGCUGAGGCGAAGAGUGAAGAAGAAAUUGCUGAGAUCACACAAGAUAUUGAAGAUGAAGAUUUGGAUGAUAAACUUGACAAAGGAACUACUUCUGAGCCGACAUCUGAGAGAUCUUCUCCUAUACCCAAUGAAACAUCUGACUUUAAAGACUUAGAAUCCAAUAUAAAAUAUGAGUUGGCAGAUUUUAAACACCUGAAGUGUCUGAAAUGUCAGCGAAUCAUGUCUUCUAAAAAGUCUUUGGUGAAUCACGUCAUUAACUUGCAUGGUGACUUGAAGCGCUACUAUUCUUGCCCUCUCUGUAAAGAGAAGCUUAAAUUCCGUUAUUUUUGGGGGGUGAUUCGACAUUUGUCCACAAUUCAUUACAUGAAAAAGCUACAAAUUAAUAAGAUUCGAUCAACUUUACGAAAAUCUAGUUGGGUUGAGAAGAAUUCUGGAGAAAUAGUUAGCGCACCAAUCCUCUGCAAGACCAAGCCUGCCAGUGUUCAAACAAACAAUAAAAGUAAGAAAGCUAGUGAAGAUAAAGUACGUUUGAAGAAUGAGGAAAUUGCUUUUGCUAAUGAUCUUUUGCAACAAAAAGUGCUACAAGGAAUUUUAAGUAAUUCAUCUAAGGGUCGGAAGAAGUUCCGCUGUCAGAGCUGUAAAAAGGUGUUUACACAGAUAAAGUCCUUGCAGGCUCAUUUACGUGACUGCACUGAUUGGGAACAUGUAACCAAAUCCUCAAGUGAUUUCAAACAAAAUGGGCAGAGUACAAAGAAGUCUCAGGUAGCCAGCAAAUCUCACUCAGAGCCAGCUCCUAGUGAAGAGUUGAAAAAAAAAGAAACAGUUUCUUCUAACAAAACAACUAUAUUACUUCCAAAACGAAAUGAUUCAGAAAAAUCUUCGACUCAAAAGACUAAUGAUGGAACUAGUGACUUGAAAACCAAAGAAAGUGUAAAGACCAGUGUCCAAACUGAUAUUCAACCAUGUCCAUCUGGUUUAAUUCCAUUACAGUCUGCAAGUAUUAUUCCUCAGCUCCCUCUUCCCACAAGGUUACCUGCUAACAUGUCUAACUGGACAAACCCUCCUCUCGGAAAAUUCAUCUCUAUUGGAAAUAAUACGUGUACUACUAAUAAGGCAAAUAGUUCUCUAAUUUCUUCUCUUACAAUUACACCAAAUGCAGUUCCGUUGUCUGACCAAUCAAAAUCUGUUCCUACAGCAGCUGUUCCAUGUAUUGUACGUCCCCUUCAAACUAAUACUUUAUCAACUGUUUCUGUAAAUGAUUUGCCCAUUUUGCUCCCAACAACAGCUCUUUCUGGAUCUGCAACUCCUACUGUUUCUUCACAAAGCUCUACAAACAUUGUGUGCUCAGUUGCUGCACCAAAUACAUUGUGUUUGGUAGACAACAAACAAUCUCAAAAGCCCAGUCCUGUGAUAAUGUCUACAGUGAACAAAAUAAAUCCAGGUGACAAUAGCCAAAUCAUAAGUGAUAAUGUUGUCCCAAAUAUAUUAGCAGCUGUUGAUAAAAAGGGACAAAUUUCAUUGACCGCAAUAUUGUUGCCGGCUAACUCUCAACUCCCCGUCACUCAACUUCCAAAUGCUAGUGUUGAGAAACAAAACAGUACACUGAUCACUAGCCAAUCUAAUGCCACAGUUUCAAAUGAAAACAAGUCUUUGAAUCAUUUUGUAGAAAACAAAAAUUCCAAUGUUGUAUCUAAUGGCCAUGUCAGCAGUUAUUCUAAUGACACUAUUACACAAGGUGCAGAAAUACAACCUCUGGAUGAUGUUAAAACUUUGAUUAUGACUAAAGAGAAUAUGAUUCAAGGACAAAAGGUUAGUGAAUCCAAAACACCUGAUGUUGAGGGGGAUGACUUUGAGAAUUCUGCUGCUGCAAAAGACAAAGAAGAUAAAUUCCCAGUAUGUAAGAAAGAGAGAGACUCUGAUAUCACUAACUCAGUCAGUGAUGGUGUUAAACCUUCAACAGUGAGUUCAAGUAAUGUUUCUUGUCAAUCUAGUUAUAAGUGCACUGAUGUUAACUCUCAACUCAUACAUCAAGAAAGCAACAGUAAAUGUUCAACCUCACCUGAUAUUACUACUGUAUUAGACACUUCUCAGGAUUUGAGCAGUUUUCCUGAAAAACAUGGUUCUAAAGCAAAUUCUCAGCAUUUGUCUAAAAAAACAUCAAGUGUGUCUGGACACCAAAUUCAAAGAAAUGGCUUGAAAUAUAAUUCUGCUGGCAUUCGUGAUAAAAAGUCUGCUCUUCACUCGCUUAUUGAUAGUGAAUCUCUCAGGUGUAUUCAGUGUACUCGGAGCUUUAGUAAAAUGUCCCAUGUACGUAGACAUGCAAUCAGACAUCUGGGAUGGAAGCGAUACAAAUGUAAAUUUUGUUCUUUCUCCAAUUAUGAAAGAUCCGAAUGCAAGACUCAUAUUAAACGACGUCAUCUGGGCAAGAUUGCUGGUUUAACUGUUAAACUAUUGGAUUUCUACAUUGUUGAUUUGAAUAAUAAUGAUAAUCAAAUUACUAGUUGUGAUAGCAAAUUCUUUGUAAAGAGAAAAGAAGUAGAAACUUUAAAAUUGGUAUCACCCUCUACCACAAACCUUAAAACUUCUACUGAUGAUGACUCAGAAGAAUAUACAAGAGUAGAUUCUCCUGAACAUGUGACAAGUGUAUCAGACUGUAGUGACCAUAAGACAAGUGACUUGGACUCCACUGAUAAUGACACAAGUGUUUCGAAUUCUACUGAUCAUGUUAUCAGUGUCUCGGAAGAGACCAGUUCUGCAAAUAUCAAGACAGGUGAGAAGCAAGACAGUGAAAAGAUUCUCGCUUUGAUUGACACUAAAUCAUUAAAGUGUCUGGAAUGUAGCCGAGAAUUCCAAAAGCGUUCACACCUACGCCGGCACAUUGUACGCCAUCUAGGAUUGAAGCGGUACAAGUGUAAGCAGUGCAAAUUUACAAGUUAUGAUCGUUCGGAAUGCAGAUCGCACAUAGAGCGUUGUCAUUUGGGUAAAGUACAAGGCAUCACUGUUAACUCAAUCAAUUGUUCUAUUGUAAUGCUCAGUCAAUCUGAAGAAAAUUAUCAAGAAAGUCAGAUGGAAAAAUCCAAUGCCAAGGAAACUGGAAUAGAGCAAGAAAUAGAAACAAGUGAAGAUAUUGAUUCCAAUUCUUGUAGUAAUUUUAUGAGUAAUACUACUACUGCAACCACUACCACUUCUACCUUUACUAUGUCAUCAACAUCUUUUAAUUCUCUAUUCUCAACCAGUGAAAGUUCCAAAACAAAAGUAAAUAAGAAACCAUUGAAUAUUGCUGCUGGACACAAAGGCAAGUCACCUUCCAAACAAGCCAGUGGUAAGGUUACUGGCAGUGAGAAGAGGAAAAAAUCUCUUGGACAAGUCACAUCCAGUAAACGUCAAAUUUCUCCGAAGAAGGCUAAAAAAGUCUCCUCAACUCAGUCUUCAGCAACUACUGCAAAAAAAUUACUUGCUGAUGAUUUGUCAGUGUUAAACACAAGGAAAGGCUACUAUGUCAAACCUAACUUUCUGCAGCUUGCUAGAAGUGCAAAAAAAAUUCCUAAAAGUAAAAACAAUUAAGCAUCUAAAGAAAUAUUUUGGCAGCUUUUAGUUAACAAGAAAAUACUUUAACCCUGGCUAUUUUUAAUUACUUUUAUUAUCACCAGCGUUGGUGGGAAUGGCAAAUAUAAUAGAGUACCAGGAUAUUAUUAAAUACUUUGCAGUAUUUAAUUAACAUCCACUCUGUCCUGAGUUCAGAUCUUUUGAGGACUUUCCUUUUCAUCACUCCAUAAUUGAUAAAAUAAGUACAAGCAUGUAUUAAGACGGUUUCUAUGGACAAUGCCUUUCCUUAUGAAGAUACAGCUUUCUGCUAAUGUCACAACCCAUUAUUAUUAUUAUCAUGGUCAUUGAAGAUUUGAUCUUUGGAAACACCUGUGCCAUCCUACCGAAUGGCAGUAAUAUCUGUUGAUUCCUUCGAAGCCUUUAAGUGCAGUUUAACCUUCUUGGUUAAAAAUAGCUUAUAGCCUUCUGGCUUACGACGUAUUAAAACAAAUAUUUCUGCUUGUAUAUAAAGAGGACAUUACAAAUGACAAGUAUCAAGUAUCUCAACCAAUUAUAUUUCUUGUAUAAUUGUUAAAGGCCAUUUCAACUGUUUUGUUGAGUAUAGUAAAUGCAAGGAGUUCUUUCUAUGAAAAUCAGUAACUGGCUGAAACCCACUUAGUUUGAACCCUCAUUCAGACAUUUUGACCACCUACUUGAUUUUAUGUAAAGACUUUUUAUUGUAAAACAAUGAGAAAAAUAUCUUUUUCUAUGUAAAAUGACAUCGACUUCACCAUGUUGACUUGUAAUCUGGUUUUAUUUAAUAACUUUAUUUUGACAUCAACCACAUUGCUAUUGUCAAAUUUGACUUGGUCUAAUGACAAUAUGGACAACAUCUUUGGAUUAUUGUUUGAAAUUGUAUUUAACUAAGAUAUUUUUUUUCAGAUGCAUGUUUGUAUAUAAAUAUAUGUAAAAGGGAUGGCAGUGAAUGUGCAUGUAUGUGUGUAUCUAAAUGUGUGAAUGUAUAAAUAUAUAAGUGUGUGUGUGUAAAUUUACAAAAUUGUCUUUAUCCAUUUUACUCUACUGGAUGAAAGAAAAACUAACCACUGUUGUCCAGGGCAUUACAGUAGUUAUAAAAACAACUCCUCCUCCUUCUCUCUUUCUCUUGAAACUCACUGAUACUCUUUCUUUAAGUUCUAAAAAUUGCAAUGUCCCCUUCCUGAUUUGGAUAUCAGCAAUAAUUUGUACUCUGUAACAAGGGGACAGAUAUUUAAUGUUGGAAGGUUUUUUUUUUAAUUUAAAAAAAAAUCUGAGAUAGUUGGGCUAUGUCCAUAGCCUUUUCCAGACAUUGAAGCCUAAGAAAUUAAUGUGACUAAUGCUAUGCUCUAUAUUAGUUUAAAAAAAAUUAUGUCAAGUUAAAUUGUCUCUUUUAUAGAAUGUAUCAUACUUCUAAUUAAUGAAAUAUAUUUAAAGAUCUAAAAAAUAGAAAAAAAGAGAGAAGUUUUGUCACUGUAUACUUUACACAUAAUCCAGAACUAAACAUCUCACUGACAUCCCCCACCCCACCCCGGUGCUAUGUGGCCAGAACCCACAUACAACUUUGUUUUUUCCUUUAUGUAUUGUCUAUGGAACUAAAAAAAAUGUUUCCAUUUAUUUUUCAAUAUAAACUGAACUAAUCUGAAUAAUAGAAAUACCAUAAUUUU